AUGGCGACAACAAUUCAUCUAAGUUCACAACAAGCCAUGCCACAGCUUCCACAACAUCAACACGUUCAAAAUCAAUCAGCCAGGAAUCGUCCGAUUUCGACACCAGUACCUAUGAAUUUUCCAAGAUAUUCAGAAAUUCCACAACAACAACACCACCACCACCAUCCUCAAAUUCCUCAAAGUUCAGUAAGAAGAGGUAAUAUGUUUGGACCUUACCUUUUAUUACAAACUUUGGGAGAAGGUGAAUUUGGUAAAGUUAAACUUGGAAUGCACGUCGCGAUUAAGUUAAUACGUAAAGAAUCAGUAGAUACACCUUCUCGACUUACGAAGAUAGAGAGGGAAAUAGGAGUGUUACGGAGUGUAAUGCAUCCAAAUAUUGUCAAACUAUUUGACGUAUUCGAGACAGAUCGAUAUAUUGGUAUUAUUAUGGAAUAUGCCUCGGCACAUCGUUAUUUAAAAGAACGAGAUGCAUGCAAGCUUUUCGCACAACUUAUUAGUGGAGUCAAUUAUUUACAUCAAAAAAAUAUUGUACACCGGGAUCUUAAACUUGAAAAUCUUUUAUUAGAUCGAAACCGAAAUAUUAUUAUUACAGAUUUUGGAUUCGCAAAUCAAUUUAAUGGUGUUCAUGAUGAUUUAAUGGCAACUUCAUGUGGAAGUCCAUGUUAUGCUGCACCGGAAUUGGUAAUUAGCGAAGGGCUUUACGUAGGAAGUGCUGUGGAUAUUUGGAGUUGUGGAUAUCUUCCAUUUGAUGAUGAUCCACAAAACCCUGAAGGUGAUAACAUUAAUUUACUUUAUAAAUAUAUUAUUAAUACUCCAUUGGUAUUCCCGGAAUAUGUAAGUUCGGAUGCCCGAGAUUUAUUAAGAAAGAUGUUAGUUCCGGAUCCAACAAAAAGAUGUGAUAUGCAGACAAUAAUGUCUCAUAGAUGGAUAGCUCAAUAUGCAUCAAUUUUUGAUUUUGGAAGUUCAUCAAAUAAUUAUUUAACCACUGAUUAUAUUGGAGAACAACAAAGUGAUAUGGGACCAAGAACUGCAACUACUGUUAAAAGACAUACAAUUCAAGUUGAAUAUGAACAACCCGAUAAUACAGCAGGAUAUAUUGAUUAUCCAGAUGAAGAUUUUCAAUUCGUUGAUGGAACUCGACUUGGACCAAGUUUGGUACCUGCAGUUACAUCCGAUAAUAUAUUAACUGAAGAAAAGGAUGAAAUAUCAUUAAAUGAUUAUGAUAAUGAAAUAUCACAAAAUUUUGAUUCAACUUCAACCCAAAAUUUUGAUUCCCAAAAUUUGAAUCUACCUAAUGUAAAAAAACAUCAUAGUACAUCUUCAACCAUUUCUGGAAAUUCUUUAGAUAAAAUUAGUUCUUCUUCUUCUUCACAUUAUAAAAAUUCGACGAAUAUUGGAUCUAAUCUUCUUACUCUUCAUGAAAAUGGAGCAAGUAAUGUUAAUCCCGAAAAAAAUCAGAUUAAUAAUGUACAUAAUCGUACAAGACCUAUAACAGUUCAUGGACCACCAUCAAAAAAUAAUCUUAAUCUUAAUAUUAAUAUUAAUGAAAGGAAAAAGAGGAAUAAUAGUAAAAGAAAGACCAUUAGUGAAAUGGUUGAAUCAUUUAAAGGACCCGCUGCUCACUCCACGCAUAGUGUCGUGACAAGUAGUAAUGUAACAAAUAAAGAUAAAAGAAAACUUUUAGGUAGUACUUCAACCGGAAGUUCGAAUGCCGCCAAGAAAGUUAUGGAUUGGUUCAGAAGAAAAUCUUUAGCAAAACAAGAUACACCAGUAUUAGUUCAACCAGUAUCUUCCAAAAUUGAAGAAGAAUUCAAUAUUCAAAGACCUAAGAAUAAGUCAAAGAGACAAAGGAAUAAUCCUUCCCAAACUUUAGUUAGUAUGGGAAUUGAAAUAAAGCGUGAAGGUGAAUUUAAAGUUCGAUGUGUUAGAAGAAAACGAAGAAUCAUCGAAAAUGACACUUUGACAAUAUUAGAAAAUUCUGAUACGGUUGUAGAUAUUUUGGCAGAGAAAAAACGAAAGAAAUAUUCAUCUGGUCCAUUAAAAAUGUUAUUACGUCGUUCAAAUUCUGGAGAGGAGAUUAGAUUCGCGGUGGAAUUAUGUCGAAUUAAGAAUUUACCGGGAAUUUAUAUCGUGGAUAUUAAAAGGAUGAAGGGUAACCUUUGGGCUUAUAAAUUUUUGUAUCACACCCUUCUUGAUAAAUUAGAUCUAAAAGGAAAAGGUGGUUAUUUAACUAUUGGUACAAGUGGAGGCAUGAUGCCAUAA